GUCAUUUUCACACAUUUCUCUCAGGAUACCUGUCCACUUAUUGUGAAAGGUGUCAUCUUGUUUAAUUACUGGAUACCUUACUAACAUGUUUAUUUCUUAUUUAUAACAUGUUGUGAGACAUAUAUGGAGCAUAUUUUCUGAGAAGGCAGAAAGUCUUACCUCAACAUGGCUUCAGAAAAGACUUGUGUGGAAGUGAGAUCAGGCUCUGCAGAAGAUCCCAAGGAGAAGGCCAGCUUUCACACAAGUAAUCCUUAUAUUCAUAAGCUGCUUCUGGCCUCGAUGAUGAUACUCUUUGUGCUGAAGAUGAUCUUAUUGUCUGUCCCUUCUAUCAUUUUAUUUCAAAAAUAUUCCCAGCAUCUUGAAGAAAACAUCACUGUAAGAGGACUGUUUCAGACAGAAUUGGAGUGUGUAAAAGACACUUCGACCACACAGGAAAAGGUUUGGAGUUGUUGCCCAAAGAAUUGGAAGUCGUUUAGUUCCCGUUGCUACUUCAUUUCUACUCUCUCCACAUCAUGGAACAAGAGCAAGGAGAGCUGCUCCAGAAGGAAGGCUCAUCUGGUGGUGAUCAACAGCCAAGAAGAGCAGGAUUUCAUCGUCCAGAAUCUGCAAGCUGAUUUUGGUUAUUAUAUAGGACUGUCAGAUCCAGAGGGUCGGCGACAUUGGCAGUGGGUUGAUCACACACCGUACAACAAAAGUGCUACAUUCUGGCAUGAAGGCGAGCCCAAUAAUGGGAAGGAGCGUUGUGUUGAGUUAAAUUACUAUCGUUAUGGAAAAUGGGGCUGGAAUGAUGUCCCCUGCCUUAUUAAAAUAAGGUCAGUUUGUGAGAUGAUGAAGAUCUCCUUAGAAGUUGCGUAGUCUCCGAAGUCACAUGGUCUGCAUCGAGGCCAUCUUUUUGU